UUUGCUAGAGAUGACAGACUGAGACGAGAGCUUGCAGGCAUCCAGAAGUAAAAUUGUUGUCAAAAUCUUGAAUUGUUUUGGAUCUCUAGUGAUGUCAGAAUUGUUACUAUGGAAUUUAUUAUUUCUAGCUUUCUGACUCUGAAACUGUCAAAUUUUUUGGCUUCAGUUGCCUUAUUCCGACAGUAGUAUGUUCGGCGGUUUGGUGCAUCAGUAAAGAAUACACCAGUCAAUCCUGGCACAUUCAGCAAUCCUGGCACAUUCAGGUGUAAUACUUAGAGGACCCCCCUAAGCAAACCAGGUCUCCUAAUAACAGGGUUCCAAACAGAGCCUUAAAUAUUUUGAGGGUCCAUGAAAUAGAGCCCAUAAUUGACUAGUAUACAGAACUGAACAUGUAAAUGGCGCCAUCGUAUGAAAUAAUUUCUCUCAAGAGAUGAGAUGAUGUUGCGAGCAAUCUCCCUCUAAUAGCGGUAACUGAAGAAGAUGAAGUUGUCCUCAUCCCGCAUAUACAUCAAAACCCUAAAACGAAGUAUCAAAUUAUCAGACUAAUUUCUUCUUUUCGUCUCUUUUGCUCAGUAAACAAUUAGAGCUCUAGCUACUGCUGGUACCUGGAUCAUAGAGUUCUUGGAGCGCGAUGGACUCCGAAUCUGCCAAUUCAUCAGCUUCACCUCCUGUUAAAGACCCAGUUACUCAAACUCCUGUUAUUUCCAGUGAAGAUAGCUCCAGUCGUGAUGCACCAUCGUUAUUAUCUGCUUCUGGCAUUUCAUCAUGGGCCAAGAGUCUAAAACUUCCACAGCCCUUGGCAUCAACAGAAGAGGACACUGCUAAUGCUGGAAAGUCUACCUUUUCACGAUUUACCAGUGGAUUUGGUUUGCUUUCCCCAAAGGAUCCUGUGCCAAAUGAGAGUGCUGAGGGCACCUCAACAACCCCAGAAACUGGUGUUCUUGGAUCCUUUACAAAAGGAUUAGUUGACACAUCACGGAAUGCAGUAAAAGCUGUGCAGGUCAAGGCCCGACACAUGGUAUCCCAAAACAAACGAAGAUACCAGGAGGGAGGAUUUGAUUUGGAUAUGACGUAUAUCACUGAGAAUAUAAUUGCUAUGGGGUUCCCUGCAGGUGAUAUGAGCUCUGGGCUUUUUGGAUAUUUCGAGGGGUUAUACCGGAACCACAUGGAAGAAGUGAUCAAGUUUUUCGAAACACAUCACAAGGGAAAGUACAAAGUAUACAAUCUUUGCUCAGAGAGGCUGUACGAUGCAGCACUGUUCGAGGGAAAGGUUGCAAGUUUCCCAUUUGAUGACCACAAUUGCCCACCAAUCCAUCUCAUAAAGGCAUUUUGUCAAAGUGCAUACUCUUGGUUGAAGGAGGAUAUCGAGAACGUAGUUGUUGUGCACUGUAAGGCUGGCAUGGCAAGAACAGGGCUCAUGAUUACUAGUCUUCUUCUGUUCUUGAAGUUUUUCCCGACAGCCGAGGAGUCUAUUGACUAUUACAACCAGAAAAGAUGUAUCGAUGGGAAGGGGCUAGUUCUUCCAAGUCAAAUUAGGUAUGUCAAAUAUUUUGAGCGGAUCUUAACAUACUUCAACGGUGAAAAUCAUCCCGGGCGCAGGUGCAUGCUUCGGGGAUUUCGACUGCACAGGUGUCCCUAUUGGAUUAGGCCCUCAAUUACCAUCUCUGACCAUAAUGGAGUUCUAUUCUCUACAAAAACACAUGCACGGACUAAGGAUUUAAUGCCAGAAGAUUUCUGGUUUAGUUCACCAAAGAAAGGGAUCAUGGUUUUUGCAUUACCAGGAGAGCCUGGCCUAACAGAGUUGAAUGGUGACUUCAAAAUUCACUUUCAUGACCGACAAGGAGAUUUUUACUGUUGGUUGAACACGACAAUGACAGAAAACAGAAAAGUACUGAAGACAUCCGACCUUGACGGUUUUGACAAGCGGAAGCUGCCUUCACCAGGUUUCCAGGUUGAGAUUGUAAUGAUUGAUUAUGAUGGUACAAUCCCAACCAAGUCUAAAACUGAAGUCGCCACCAGCAAGGAGUCACCAGCAGGAGGCAGCUCUGAUACCACUACUACUACUGGGGACCAGAGUGCAUCAGCUUCCAAACCUAAUAAGGACUCUGAAAAUCAGGAUAAGGAUGAUGUGUUCUCAGACACUGAAUCAGAAGGAAGUGUUUCUUCAAAGAAACGGCAUGGUCAAAUGAGCUCUAGUGCAGGAAAUACUACUACUGCCACCAAUGAUCCCAAAACCGGCGUUGCACCUGAGGAAAUGGCAGACGUAACACGUAGAACUGAAAAUGUGUCACUUGGAAAUGACGGGCGUGUGCAGAACCCCACGAGUGAAGUGAAACAUGAUGGGACCGGUGCUGCAUCCUCUAUCGAGUCAAGUGAUUUCAAAGCUAUUGCUGCGGAUGCUUCAGUUUUUAGUUUUGGGGACGAUGAAGACUAUGAAAGUGAGUAAAUCCAAGUGAGCGAUGGUGGUAUUGAUGAAAUGAUGAUUAUUAUGUUUCCAGAAAAUCCUUGUAAAUUGGUUGUUUGAAAAACCUCUCUUCCUGACCAAACUGAUCUUGAUUGGUCUAGCAUUAGUGAGAUUUUUUUAAUUAAUGUGGAAUUUGUUGAAAAAAAGCCUUUCUUUUUUCUCUGUAGAGGAUGUUAAUUAGAUAAAACUCAUUUCAUUUGUUUUUUACUGUAACUAAUUCAUCAAUUUCAGUAAUUAUUUUCGUGUUAA